GAGACUAACAAACCCAACAAGCUGCCCAGGUGUGGUCACCAAUGCAUUGUUUAGCUUGUUGAAAAACUGAAGUCUUUAAUUUAUGAUGAUAACACGUUCUCAACCAGUUGUGUUUCACUGCACAGGGCAGCUAUAUAAACAGUUUUUCUUUUUUGAGAAAAGCAGCUAUAAACGCUCUCUAUGGCUGUAAAUCUCUCUGGAGUUUGAGGAUCGAUUCGAUAAAUGUGUUGGACAUUAUUUGAUUUAGGGUUCAAGAAUUUCAUCAAUUUUACCGGGUUUUGUCCUCCUUUUUUUUACAUAGUUUUCUUUCUUCAAAGAUUUCUUAGAAAUUUCCCAAAAUUUUCAAUUUAUUUUUUUGGAGAAAUUUCCAUUGUUGAAGAAAGUAGAUUGAGAUUUAAAGUGAAAAUGCUGUUUAGUUUUGCUGUAAAAGCAAGGAAUUUGAGAACUAGGGCAUUCUUCCCUUUGACGGUCGGAGUGAUGGGGUCUCAGAGGCUCCUUUCGAACUCAGCCGUGUCGGCUUCAUCAUCUGUUGAGGGAAUGACAGAUAAGAAGCUCAAGGGAUUAGCUACUGCAGAUUUAAAUUCCGAUGAGGGUGAAGUUAAGGGGAAUGGUGGGAAAGCUAAAGGGGUUGAGCAGCGCAAGAAUGAUAAUAAAGAACAAGGUACCAACGAGGGUUGGAUGAAGUGGUGCGCGACGCGGGUCGGGUCCAGAUUAGUCGGGGUAAAGCCUCGGAUAUCGGGCGGGAAACCAAAAAAAAAAAAAAAGAACAAGAUUUCGUGGGUACCAAUCAAAAUUCCAAAGAGGGUGUUUUUAAGGCUGUGGAUGAUAUCACUUAUAAUUGCCAUAUCAAAAAUUUUCUGCUUUCAUGCUUUUAUAAGAAUGUGGUUUAAAUGUAGUGUGUGUGAAAUUCAGGAGAUCAUGAAUGAACCUGGCAGAAUCAACGCAAUGAUGGUUCAACAACUCAAGGCUGCAUUGCAGAAUGCUGGCCUCCCUGCCAAAGGUUGCAAGAGUGACCUUGUAUCUGCCUUGAACAGUUAUUUGGAUAAGCAAUUAGAUGGUGAAAGUUCUCAUUUGGGAGAUGAACAACUUUCCUCCAUUUCUGCUCAAAGCAUCUCAGUGACAGGAAAGACCAAGACAUUAUCAGGUGAACUUGAUGCUAAAAUUGUCAUGAAAUGGAAGAAGCCUUCAAUCAAGGCUAAUGUUUCAGUGUUGGUAGAAAAGAGGCCUUCUCAAGCAAUCAGGAAAGCAUCUUUUGUUAUUGAUGACAAAGACCCUAAUGAUGGGGUUAACGUUCCAACGAGACAAAGUGAACCAUGGACAAUUUUUGCCCACAAGAAGCCUUAGAAAGGGUGGAUAGCCUAUAAUCCUUGAAUCAUGAAGCCUCUACUGCUUAUGGGAGAUACUAAAUGUAUGAAGAUAAUGUCUUGGAAUGUGAAUGGGCUGAGAGCGCUGCUGAAGUUAGAGGGUUCUCUGCUCUUGCGCUUGCUAAAGGGAAAACUUUGAUGUAUUGUGCUUACAGGAAACUAAACUGCAGGUGAAGCAUGGUCUUAGACUCUUAGCAGUCACAUUGAGGUAUGAUUUAUGACAAAUCCCAUAUCAGUAGGGAAGUGAAAUUAUAUUUUCCUUUUGACCUCACAAAACUAAGCACCAAAAUUUUUCUCUUUUACUGGCCCAGCACAUGAUUGUAUUUGGAUGCAUAUAGUAGUGAAUUUGUCUUUAGAUACUAUACAUGUGCGCACCUGCAAGUGGGUGCAUGUGUGUGUGGAUAUGAUUCGUAAAAAGAUAGUAAGCAUUUUAGGGUUGCCAUUUUUAUCUAUAUAUAUAUUGAGUGAAUUUUUUAAUCUUGAAACAGGAGAAAGAUGUUAAGUCAAUCAAACACUCUCUUUUAGAGGGAUAUGAGAAUAGCUUCUGGACAUGCAGUGUUUCCAAACUUGGCUAUUCUGAUAAAGCUGCUUUCAGUCAGAUAUGGCCUGGGCAUAUCAGAUCAUGAUACUGAAGAUCGUC